ACACAAGAACCAGCACAACCAAUUGGCACCUUUAAUCAUCAUACAUAUAUUCCCUCUCUCCUCCUAAUUAAGCACCACUCUCCCUAAUCAUUCAUGCAUGCCACAUGAUAAAUAAAAAGAACACAAUAAGAACCCUUCCAAAUUUCAAAUUAUUUCAUAUUUUCACUCUCUCUCCAAUUCACAUAGAAACUAUGAGAGCACGCAUGACUUUCACUUGCUUUAUUAAUAGUUUUUAAAACAUUAACAACAUUGUUUAUUUCCACUUCCCGCCAUAACAACUUCAUCUUCAUCCAAUGAUGAAUUGUGCCAUCAUGUUCUUCUUCUUCUUCCUCUUCUUAGGCACCUACAUUGUACCGUGUCUUACAUAUAAUGACACUCAUGCACUUACUCUCUUCCGCCAACAAACAGACAUACAUGGCCAACUCCAUACCAACUGGACCGGAACAGAUGCAUGCUCGGCCACAUGGCAUGGCGUCAUUUGCUCACCAAACAAUCGUGUCACGUCCCUCACACUUCCGUCCCUCAACCUCCGAGGACCCAUCGACGCCCUUUCUCCCCUCACCCAUCUCCGCCUCCUCGACCUCCAUAACAACCGCCUAAAUGGCACUGUUUCCCCCUCUCUCCUCUCAAAUUGCACAAACCUCAAACUCCUCUACCUCGCCGGAAACGACUUUUCUGGUCAAAUCCCACCUGAUAUCUCCUCCCCGGUUAAUCUCCUUCGUCUUGACCUCUCCGACAACAACCUUGCCGGUGCAAUUCCAAAUGAAAUUUCCCGUUUAACUAGCCUCCUCACUCUCAGGCUUCAGAACAACGCACUCUCCGGUAACAUCCCUGACCUCUCCUCUGCCAUGCCGAAUCUCACAGAGCUCAACAUGACAAACAACGAAUUCCACGGUCAUAUACCAAACUCCAUGGUUAAAAAAUUCGGUGAUGAAAGCUUCUCCGGUAACGAAGGUUUAUGUGGUUCAAAACCGUUCCGAGUCUGUUCCUCCACAGAGAACAAUCCUCCUUUCUCUGAACCGGUUCAGACGGUUCCUUCAAACCCCAGUUCUUUCCCUGAAACAAGUGUAGUCGCAAGACCAAGAAGCCAACACCGUAAAGGGUUAAGCCUCGGCGCAAUUGUAGCCAUUGUGGUGGCUAUUUGUGUUGCAUUGUUAGUGGUAACAUCUUUCGUUGUUGCUCAAUGUUGUGCCAGAGGGAGAGGUGUUAAUAGUAAUUCCAUAAUGGGCAGUGAGGCUGGAAACGGAAAGAGGAAGAGUUAUGGUAGUGAGAAGAAGGUGUAUAAUGCAAAUGGUGGGGGUGGUGAUAGUAGUGACGGGACUAGUGGAACUGAUAUGAGCAAGCUUGUGUUUUUUGAUAGGAGGAAUGGGUUUGAAUUGGAGGAUUUGUUGCGUGCUUCUGCUGAGAUGCUUGGGAAGGGUAGUUUGGGAACUGUUUAUAAAGCAGGGCUUGAUGAUGGUAGUACAGUUGCUGUUAAGAGGUUAAAAGAUGCAAAUCCCUGUGCUAGGCAUGAGUUUGAGCAGUAUAUGGAUGUGAUUGGGAAGCUUAAACACCCUAAUAUUGUUAAACUUAGAGCUUAUUAUUAUGCUAAGGAAGAAAAGCUUCUUGUCUAUGAUUAUCUCUCAAAUGGAAGUUUGCAUGCUCUUCUUCAUGGGAACCGUGGACCUGGGAGGAUUCCAUUGGAUUGGACAACAAGAAUAAGCUUGGUGUUAGGAGCAGCAAGAGGGGUAGCUAGGAUUCAUACAGAGUACAGUGCAGCAAAAGUGCCACAUGGGAAUGUGAAAUCAUCCAAUGUACUACUUGACAAGAAUGGUGUUGCUUGCAUAUCUGACUUUGGUUUGUCACUACUAUUAAACCCUGUUCAUGCAAUUGCAAGAUUGGGAGGGUACAGAGCACCUGAACAGACAGAACAAAAGAAACUGUCUCAGCAAGCUGAUGUGUACAGUUUUGGAGUGUUGCUAUUGGAAGUUCUCACAGGGAGAGCUCCUUCAUUACAUUAUCCCUCCCCGGGGACGGCUCGUCCUCGUAAAGAUGAAGAGGACCAAACUAUGGUGGAUCUUCCCAAAUGGGUUCGAUCAGUUGUGAAAGAAGAGUGGACUGGAGAGGUUUUUGAUCAAGAACUUUUGCGAUACAAGAAUAUUGAGGAAGAGCUUGUGUCAAUGCUGCAUGUUGGGUUGGCUUGUGUGGUGGCACAACCGGAGAAGAGGCCAACUAUGGUAGAUGUUGUUAAGAUGAUUGAGGAUAUCAGGGUGGAGCAAUCUCCUCUGUGUGAGGACUAUGAUGAAUCACGUGAUUCACUUUCACCUUCCAUUCCCACCACUGAAGAUGGUUUGGCUUAGGAAUUAUAGUGCAAUAUUAUUGUAUGGUAUAUAUACAUAUAUGUAUGUCAUUCUAGUUCAGGAGGGAGGAGUAUUUAACUUAUCUUUGUUCCUCUUCCAGUUGCAUUGUGUUGCUGCAAUUAGCUAGCUCUUCAAUCAUGUUAAGUGUUCUUUGUAAAAUUUGCGAGCUUUGUGUAAUUCCAUUGUUGAACGUUGCAGAAAUCUGAGGAUCUUUAGGUUGAGUUUGGAAUAAAGUCUUGUCUGGUUCAAUUGCA